AUGAGCCAACCACAUCGAAGGCGGCGGCGACGAGGAGACCCCCCUAAGGCAUCUGCUGGCACACCCAGCGUGUCGAAGGCGGGUGACAAGGGUGAGAAGCAGCCACGCUCCACUUCCACGGCUCCUCUCACGGGCACCUCCUACGCGGAGGCCGCCAAGAGAGUCAGAGUUGCGGUACUACCUGAGGACUACCCGCAGGUCUACCUGAGCAACGAAGAGCUUGCCGAGCUGGAGGAGGCCAUAAUGGACGAUGUAGUCACGUCUGAAUGGGACUCAGCAGUCGCCUUCAGAGGUAUCCACUUUAGGGUCGGAUACCUCCUGAUAGACUGCUUGGACCAGGAUUCAGCGGACUGGCUGAGGACUGUGACGCCUCAGCUAAGGACUUGGAAGGGCGUGCCCCUUGACACUAGGGUAGGGGAAGACAUUCCUGCGGCAUACAAUGUCACAGUCUUCUGCCCUAGAAGCGCAGAAAGAAGCGAUGAGGAGCUUCUGAUGAUGCUGGGACGCCAGAAUAGAAUGGAGGUCGAUUCCUGGAAGGUGAUCUCCCGAAGGAACGACGGAGGCGGGGCACUCCUCGUUAUUGGGAUAGACCAACUCACCCGAGAUGAGAUCGUCUCUAAAGGGCACCAGCUGAACUUAAGAUUCGGGACCGUCUCGCCACAAGAGCCAUUGGGUGCAAAGGAGGAAGCUAUCGCCGAUAUGGACGUGGAGAGUGAGGACGAACGUCUCUCACACUCCCAGGAGGUGGCACAAGAGCCCCUCCGAGAAGAUAUCGACGAGAAGGAGGCCGACGUCACCCUAACCGAAGGCACUUGUCCCGGCUGCCAGUCGAUGCUUCCUCUUCAUGCGCCGGGCGCCAUCCUUGGCCCGUCGCGCCCGGCAGAUGGUCCGCGGGCGGCCGUCCAUGGAGUCGUUGGGUCUGUCGCUGACCCCUUCUCGCCUCGCUCCCUGCCGGCCCGCGCGCCUGGCUCGCGCCCCUCGCGGGGUCAUUGA